AUGACGACUCCUGCGUCCAGUUCUGGAUGAAGCUGCCGCCCGGCUCGGCCCGGCCGCGGCCGGCGACAGAGCAGAGUCGCAGAGUUCUGCGAUUCGCGGGAGCCAGCCAGCCACCGAGCGCUCGUCGCCAGAGUGCCCGGCGCGGCCCGUUUCUUCCUCAACGGGCCGGGUGGUCGGCCGGACCGCGGCUUUUUGGCGUGGCGAGAGUAGCAGUAGCUAUCGGCCAGCGCCGCGACCCGGCCGGACCCGCGCACAGCAGACUUCGGCACUGUUUGGAUGUCCGGCCGGUGACUGCUGCCGCCACGCCAAGCCACAGCACCGCAGCACCCCGCAUGCACAGUCGCUCUCGCACGCCUCAGGCCCUCAGGCGACUGGCCCAUAUCAUCACAACUCUGCGACAGAGGUCGACAGACGGACACCCCGGACACCACUCACCAUUCACACCGUUCGACCGUUGGGUGCCAAAACAGAACCGGCUGCAACAACGGAUCCCAGGUGUGCAGUGGACGGCGACAUCUGGGAACUAAAAUGGACACGGACCAACAUGCACUGUUAAAAGCCUGCAAAGGCUUGGACCGGCUCCCCGAGUUGGCGCUGCUGGAGGUGCUGAAGCUCCUGCCCGUCGAAGACCUGCUCGCCUGCCGCCUUGUGUGCAAGCGGCUCGGCGAGCAGGCGAUGCACCCGACCGUGUGGCGGGAGAAGCGUUUAGGUCGUGAAGAGAACAAGAAACUGGCCUGUCAGGUGCUGCGUCUGGCGCCGUGCUUGGACUGGAUGUUAGUGUGGCACACACAGUUCAUGGACCCCUCGGACUGCUGCGACCACCUGUACACGACCGACUGUGCUUUGAGGUCGAUGGAGUUGCAUUGCUACACCUCGUUUGCCGCCCAGGCGGCCCUCUUGAUCCAACGCCAGGCGUUUCUCGGCCGGCUGAGGAGGCUACAGAUCAAACUUAUAACCCGGGAAACGGCCGAGGACUCCAUACUUUUUCGUACAAUGGCUUUAACACCGGGACUGGAGAGCCUCGCCAUAACCGCCCACCACGGGGUGGACUCUGGCGUCCCCCGCUUCAGGAGGUACCCCCUGAGCGUGCACGUGCCCAGUUCAAUCAAGAGCGUGAGUUUCCGAUUUUCCGGGCGAGAGUCCUUCGUCAACUUCGUGCUGUCCAAGCACGCCGCCAGCCUCGAGACGGCCCUCUUCUCCGAGUCGGCGUCGGACUCGACGCUGCAGCUGCUGGCCGGGCUGUCGCGCCUGCGCGAGCUGACCUGCCGGAUACAGCCCGGGCUGCAGGUCCUGGCGGCGAGCGAGACCCUGCAGGCCCUGACUAUGCUGGUGGAGCGGGAGACCGAGGAGGCCACCGACCCCGCCGACGCCGUGAAGCUCGUCCGCCGGGCGCCGCGCCAACUGCGCGAGUUCUCGCUCAGGUGGCGGUACGUUAGCAGUAGCCCGCACGACCACUCCGCCGACGUCGCCGUGGAGCUGCUCCGGGCCGCGGCCUCCGGCGCCGCGCGCUCGCGCCUGGAGAGGCUGUCGGCCGAGUUCGAGCGGUGCCGGGAGUGUCCUCACAGGUCCACCAGCAUGGAGCAGGAGAAGCGGGAGCUGUUCGACGCGCUGCUGGCGGCGCUGCCGGCGCUGCCGGCGCUGCGGGAGCUGCGCGUGCACGCCAUUGGGUCGUACGAGCGGCUGCUGCGCGGCCUCGGCGCCGCGGCCGCGCCGGCCCUGCGGUGCCUCUCGGUGAGGGCCUGCGCCCACGCCCUGCUGCACGACGACGACGCGGCCCUCCUGGCGGCGCUGCUGACGGCCAGACCCUCGCUGCACGUCCGGGCCAGCUGCAACCACGUCGGGUUCGAGGACAAGCUCCCGUGGAGCCCGACCUGCGGCCGGUGCGACGCCUGCAAGCUCGACUGCCAUCCCGAGCUGCGGGAGCGUGGGGGCGUACUGCUGUAUCCGUGGCGGAUGGAGCACUCCGGCGUCACCUCUGCGUGUUUCUACCGCGAGGGGCACGGCCCGGCCCCGACAUGCGGGCCAGACUGCAUCCUGGUGAGCGUGUGAUUAGCCGACUGCCUCUCAAAGUGCGGUCCACUUCGUAUCAAUGUCAAAAUUAAUUAUUGAAUAAACUGAAUGAUUUAUUACAAAA